UGGAAACUGGGCAGUGAGGGUGAGUGAACCCUGUAACACCUGGGACCCGGGCUUCGGCCUCUGAGGCCGGUGACUCCAACCUAGGUACUGGCGACCAUGAGAUCUCUGCAGCUGCUCAGAACCCCCUUCCUGUGCGGCCUGCUCUGGGCCUUUUGUGCUCCAGGUUCCAGGGCUGAGGAACCUGGGGCCAGCUUCUCCCAUCCUGGCAGCGUGGGCCUGGAUAAGCAUACAGUGCACGACCAAGAGCAUAUCAUGGAGCAUCUAGAAGGUGUCAUCAACAAACCAGAAGCAGAGAUGUCCCCACAAGAACUGCAGCUCCAUUAUUUCAAAAUGCAUGAUUAUGACGGCAAUAAUUUGCUUGAUGGCCUAGAACUCUCCACAGCCAUCACUCACGUCCAUAAGGAGGAAGGGAAUGAACAGGCCCCACCAAUGAGUGAAGCUGAACUGAUUAACUUAAUAGAUGGUGUUCUGAGAGACGAUGACAAGAACAAUGAUGGAUAUAUUGACUAUGCUGAAUUUGCAAAAUCACUGCAGUAGGCACUGUUUGGCCAUCUAGUUAUAUGCAAAUGUGACCCGUUACAAUGUGAUCGAACACUUUUGGUAAUGCAAAAUAACUCAUUUCCAACUACUGCUACAGUAUUUUGGUAAAAACCUGUAGCAGUUUAUUACACUGGGGUGAGAAAGAGGGAUCAAGGGCAAUGUAAGAGAAAUGGGACAUAGGCAGCAGCCCCGUACUGUUCAGUCUCUUACUGGACAAGAGCUUGAUUAAAGAAUUCUCUUAAGAGUAUUGGAUAAUUGGAGCGUAGUACUCAGGAACUUAACUGUAGAAUACUGCUAGUCUCUUGGUUUUCAUUCAGGCCACCUGAAAAGUAAGACAAGCUUUGCCAAGUGGACACACUUUUCAGUAACAGUGAAGGAAUAGCAUAAAUGCCAAAUGUUUCCCCUGGUGGAACCUGUCUCUUCAGGUAAACGUCGUCAGUAUUCUGCAAAGUGUCCCCGUCCCCCAUCCACAUCCAUCUGUCCAUCACUAUCCACCCCACCCCCCCACUCCCUGGGCAAGGGAGUAUUAGGCUAUUUUAAAGCCACUGUAUAAGGAUACCAGAUCCUGAGUUCAGCAAGCCUUAGCAUCUAAAUUCUGUAUCUUCUGGCACUUUGGAAGGAAUACACCAUUGACCUACAUGAUUAACGUUUUUUAGUUUUUCAAUAUUUUGUAGAACUACUGCCACAUCUUUCUUUUAUGUCUUCUUCAGCUUAGGAGAGACCUUGAAGUUAAACGUGUUUUUUAUUCUAAUCAUUAGCAAAUGUUUUAGCUUUCUUAAUAUUUGUAUUUAACCCUUGUUUUGAGGGUUUGUUUUUGAAGUUUAGAAACUAUAUGGAAUACAAGGACUGUAUCCCUCCUCCUUGGUGCAGCGGGGGAUAAAGCUACUAGCUGGUCUUGCCUAAGUGAGUGAGAGCACCGAGCACCAAUUGCUGCAAGCUCUAUUUAGAAGGAAUGGCGUUUAAAUUACCUCUUAUAGCUUAAAUAUGUGAAUUCUUUCAGAUCAGGAAAGAUUAGAUAAAGAAGCCUAAAAACUCUUAACAGUGUGAAUCUCAAUAAUGGUUGAAAAUGAGAAGCAGCAGCAAAUUGUAAUUUGGUUUAUUGGAUGUGAUAGUGUGCCGGGAUGGAAUACCCAAAAUGAUGGUUGAAUGGGGAAAAAAACUGCAUAGGAUUUGCUGUAAGACACAUAGAGACUUAUUUUCUUUAUUAAAGUAUUCUUAUAAGAAAGCAUAUGUAUUUGUAAAAAUGGUUUCCUGUUGUCCAAGUAUUUGUGCAAUCAGAGCUGAAUUGUAAACUAUUCUUGUAAUAUCUAGUUAUUUUGAAAGAUUUAUAUAAUGAAUCCUGGAUAUAUGACCAAUAAAACUGAUGAAACAAAA